AUGCUUCUCAAGAACCACAGGACAGUGACCUGCGCUCCGACGAACACCGCGGUGGUGGAGGUCGCAUCUCGGGUCCUUGGUCUCAUGGAGGAGUCCUCCGGUGGCGGCGGUGGAAAGAAGUGCUUUCUGAGUGAUGUCGUGCUGUUCGGCAACGAGGACAGGAUGGGCGUGCACGGGAACCUAGCAAAGAUUUUCUUGGAGUCCCGUGUUGGACGUCUGCAACAGUGCUUGAUGCCAGGCACAGGGUGGACACAGUCGCUGAGUUCCAUGCUUGGACUUCUUGAGCAUCCUUUGGUUCAGUAUGACAGGUACAUUGAGGGCAUAGAAAAAGAGAUAAGUGAUUUGGUUUCAGAAGAGAAUGAGAUAAGGGACGAACUUGCCCUUUCUCUAAGAAAGAGAGAGCAACUUUCUAACAAAAAGAUUGCCGAGAAAGUUCAGGGGAUGCAGAAAAAAUUACUGGUUAUAGAGAAAAAAGUUCGGGAAAUAAAGAAAGACAAAAUGUCAUUCCAGGCCUACUUCCAAAGCAACUACACACCGCUUGUGAAUGAGUUAUGCGGUUGUGUCGAAACUUUUGGUAAUGAUCUUCCUAGAUCUGCAACAUCUGAAGAAAAUUUUCGCCUCAUGGCAGAGGUGCCGCCGUUGCUUGAAGGGUUUGGCGAACUUGUGCAGUCUGAACCAGAUGAACAGCUACAAGCACUGUUCAAAAAUGAAGAAGAUGAAAGAUCACUCUCUUCAUUGUUCCGGAGUCUGGUAACUCAGGUGCAGGCCCAUGUUAGUUUCGAGCUGAAGGAAGCAAGAUCCUCGUGUGUUCAGAAGCUACGGGACCUGUCUGUUAGCUUUCAGCUUCCGGACAUGUUUGACAGCCGAAUGAUCGAAGAGUUCUUGCUUCGGAGGGCUAAGAGCGUGCUCUGCACAGCUUCUAGUUCAUACCGUCUGCACUACCUGCCAAAUGCCCAGCCGUUCGAGGUCCUUGUCGUGGACGAGGCAGCGCAGCUGAAGGAGUGCGAGUCACUGAUAGCUCUGCAACUCCCUGGGGUCCGUCAUGCUGUGCUCAUCGGUGAUGAGUACCAGCUACCAGCACUAGUCAAAAGCAAGGUUUGUGAGGAUGCAGAAUUUGGAAGGAGCCUGUUCCAGAGGCUGACAUCCUUAAAGCAGCCCAAGCACCUCCUCGACGUGCAGUACAGAAUGCACCCAUGGAUCAGCAAGUUCCCUGUCCAGAGCUUCUACGGCGGCCAGAUUACCGACGGCCCGAACGUCCUGAACAGAGACUACGAGAGGCGAUACCUGACCGGUCCCAUGUACGGCGCAUACUCAUUCAUCAACGUGGACGGCGGCAACGAGAGCACCGGCAAGCAUGACCGGAGCCUGAUCAACCCAGUCGAGACAGCGGCGGUUGCCCGGAUCGUGCAAAGGCUGUUCAAAGUACGUGUAAUCGACGUGCGCGCAGAGUCGGUUGACACAGGGAGGGCAGUGCGCGUGGGCGUGGUGUCGCCGUACAAGGGCCAGGUCCGCGCCAUCCAGGAGAAGCUCACCGGGGCGUACGCGAUGCGCGAAGGGUUCUCGGUGAAGGUGCGGUCCGUGGACGGGUUCCAGGGCGCCGAGGAGGACGUGAUCAUCUUCUCCGCCGUGCGGAGCAACACCGCCGGCAAGAUCGGCUUCCUCGCCGACAUCAACCGCACCAACGUCGCCCUGACGCGGGCCAAGCAUUGCCUGUGGAUCCUGGGCGACGCGAAGACGCUGGCGUGCGGCAAGACGAUCUGGCGUGAGAUCGUGGCCGACGCCAAGGACAGGGGCUGUUUCUUUGACGCCAAGGACGACAAGGACCUCUCUAAUGCCAUAAUCAAGGCCGCGAACGAAGUGGAGAAUCUGCUGAAGUUAGAUAGCCUGCGUAUUGGCAGCGGGUCGCGGCCAGGGGUACGAUCGUAA